AUGGACGAGCAAGUGAUCUUCACAACCGAUGGCACGGGUUCGAUUUCCAGUAUCCACUCUUUUGAGCAGUCCAGUUUGAGGCAAUGCUCCACAAGCAGCAAAAACAGUGCGGUUCGGGUGGGAGAUAAGUUCCUGUUCGUUGCCCAGGCCCACAAAGCAUUGAUCAAUGUCUACAAUGUCUCAGGACCACAUAAGAGAGAAUCCGUCGAGCAGAGAUUGCCUUUGCCGGAGGUGGUUCGUUGCCUAGAGGUAGUGGAAAACAGGAGCGGUGCCGCGGCACGGAAUGACUCUGCUAAUCACAAGCUGCCUGAGUUUAAUCUGCCAUAUCUGCUGCUGGCGUCCACUGAAUCCGGCAAGCUGUAUGUUUGGGAGCUGAACUCGGGGAUUCUGCUCUCUGUGAAACCAAUGGCUCACUACCAGGCGAUCACUAAGAUACGUUCUAUUCUGGACGGUAAAUACAUUGUCACCUCCGGUGCGGACGCUAGAGUGAUUAUAUGGCAGACGACGGACCUGGUGUCGGUGGACGAGCCGAAACCUGUGUGUAUUCUGCACGACCAUACCUUGCCUGUUACGGAUUUCCAGGUUUCGUCCACUUACGGCGAGUUUCUUUCACUUUCGGGAGCGAAGCUGUUCACUGUUUCGGAGGACGCUACCCUGAGAUGCUACGAUUUGAGUUCGUUGAGUAAUCGCGGCAGCAGUAAGAACUCGCUACCGAACUUGGUUGCAACGUUCACAUUCCCACUAGCGAUCGCGGCUUUGGCCUUGGACCCAGCAGACAGGGCUUGCUAUAUCGGAACCGAUUCAGGUUGCUUCAGCUUGCAACUAUUUUACAAGUUGUCCGGCUCUAAGAUCGUUAAUUUGACACAGUCUAGUGAUAGCAAUGCUUCUGGCGCUAGGAUCUACUCACUGGUAGAGGCUUCACAGGAGUCCAGCGCUAUGCAGCACAGAGAAAAGCUGUAUCUGGCGGGUCAGCUGGUAUGCGAAAAGCUCAUAGAUGCUGGUGUUAGCUGCCUCAAGACUUCCAUGGAUGGUACACUUCUUCUAGCAGGUGACUGCCUGGGCAAAGUUUCGGUGAUAGAGAUCUUUUCAAAGCAAAUACUGAGAGCGAUGCAGCCUGUGACCAGCUCUCAGGAAACUCAGCAGCGUGUAACGAACAUUUUGCUGGAGGCUCAAUCUGCUACUUCCAAAAACGGUAUAAUUACAGAGAUGAAUGCAAGACAAUCUUCAAAAAUACCUUCACUGCAACGAGUCAUACACGAUAGAGCCACGCUCGGGCAAUUACACGAGAUCAACUUCCAAGUCGGUGAGGAUGAGGAAAGUAUACCCUUACCCGUUAGUGAUUUUGAGUCCUACGCAGACCAACUGAGGUCGCAGCAAGCAGUGCUUUCCCGACCAAACGGUUUCAACAGUAGCAUUAAAACAUUUGGGUCCGACGGCCCUACCGGGAAACUUGUAAUUGGCGAUGAAGACGAUGACAAGGAGCGUCAAAUCGCGGAUUUGAAGGAUAAUGUCGAAACACUAAAGCAGGCGUACCAAGAGUUGAGGGGACUACAUGAGAAGUUAUACCAAGAGCAUGAAAAGCUGCUGCAGACGAGCAACUAG